AUGCGUUUUACUGAGAAAGGCAGUCUUGUCAGGCACAUGAGAUUACAUACUGGCGAAAAGCCUUAUCGGUGUGGCGGCGAGCGCAGAUCAACCAGCCAGACGUCCCUCGGGGAGGAUACUGGAGAUGUCAUCGUCGACGAGGACCCCGAGUUGGACGAGCAGAAACAAGAGGACGAGCAGCUGGGGCUGGUGGUGACGGCGUGCUUCUCGCUGCAGGACGAGCAGUGCCCCGCGGAGGACGCGGCGAGGGGCGGCCCUGGGGACGGCGAGGUGCAGCCCGAGCAGCGCGACGAGGAAGUUGCGCCUCCUCGCGGCGACGCAACCAGGCAGGGUGGCUCUACCGUCCGGUGUGGAACCCGCGACGCUCACCCGGUGCAGAACAAACAGCAGGACGACCAGAAGGCCUCGCGGGUGCUGGGGAAGAAGCAGCUCGGCCGGAAGUACACCGGCAGCGGGAGCGGAAGUAAAAGCAAUGUCAGUGGCUCCCUCCAGCAUACAGAAAAUUUUGCGUCGGGUCAUCUAAAGAGGCAUAAAAUGUCCCACACUGGUGAAAAACCGUUCAGCUGUGACCUCUGUACAAUGCGUUUUACUGAGAAAGGCAAUCUUGUCGCUCACGUGAGGACACACACUGGUGAAAAGCCAUACAAGUGUGACGUAUGUAAAAUGCGUUUUACUCAGAAAUUCAACCUUGUCGUUCACAUGAGGACACACACUGGAGAAAUGCCAUUCACUUGUGAUGUGUGUAGCAAGGCCUUCAGUCACAAAUCAAAUCUCAAUAAACAUAAAACAAUUUCAACGAUUGCGAUCUCGCCCGGGGAAACAGGAGGGGCGUUUAAGUGCGAAGUCUGUGAGAAGAGUUUUGCACGAGCGAGAUAUCUUAAGACGCACAAAAUGUACCACACUGGCGGCGAGCGCAACUGCUCUAGUGAGACGUCCGCCGGGGAGGAUCCUGGAGAUGUCACCGUCGACGAGGGUCCCGAGCUGAAAGAGCUGAAACAAGAGGACGAGCAGCUGGGGCUGAAAGGCAGUCUUGUUAGGCACAUGAGAUUACAUACUGGCGAAAAGCCGUAUCAGUGUGAUGGGUGUGAUAAACGUUUUAGUGAUAAAUCGUACCUCAGAAAUCACAAAAGAAGUUGUACAUAG